AUGAAACCACUUCAUAAAGGUUUUACCAGUGACAUGAAGAAAACCAUCGGUCUCUCAGAUCUGCAGUGCGCUUGUCUGAAGCAUCCUGACCAAGCUGGCGGAUCAGACAGACAACCAGGACAGCUGGAUUCAGCUUGUUUACCUCCACUUGGGGGAGUGUAUGUCACUCCUGAAUGUUUUGUAGCUUUUAUUGGGGUUUCAAAUGAGUGCACUUGGACUUGUAAGCUGUCAGCUGGGUUGAAUGGUAAUAUAGUUAAAUUAAUUUUGUUUUCUCUCGUUAUCUUUCCAGGUGACCUGGCCCAACUUCAUCUGCCUCAGAAAAAUGUAGAAGUGAUCCAAGGGAAGAUGGUAGUGCUGCAGGCUUCUUACACUGGUGUGGAUAGUAAGGACAGUACAGUGGUCUGGAACUACAUGUCCAGCAGCGUAGAAAUGAUCAUUUCAUACGUCAAUGGAGGCUUAAGUUAUAGCACUUCCCAGUUUGCAGGUCGAGUCGGUUUUAUGCAUAAGAUGCCUAACACCGACAUUUCCCUGUACAUUAACAACACCAAAGCAUCAGACUCAGGAAAGUACAUGAUCCAGGUCAUUAAUCAGAAAGCCCCAGGAGGACUCACCGGAGAGCUCACCCUUAAUGUUAAAGCCCCUCCUUCAGUACCAGUUUGUCAAGUUAAAGGAAAGCCUGUUCUUAAAGGGAACAUCACUCUGGCUUGUAACUCUAAAGAUGGUAAACCAGCACCAAAAUACAAGUGGACCAAGACCAGCCCCACCUCAGAGAUCUUCUUUCCUCCUGCACAAAAUGAAACAGCAGGAACUUUAAAACUGAACAAUCUGAGCAGUAAUAUGUCAGGGAAAUACAUGUGCACUGCAUCCAACUCUGCAGGAGAAGAGAGGUGCUACAUCAACCUGGAAGUCAUCACAUCGACUAAUGCAGGGAUGAUGGCUGGUGUUACGGUCGGUUGUAUUGUAGCUCUCAUCCUGAUCAUUCUCUUCUUCGUCUUCAUGUGGACAAGACAGAAAGACACAGAGGAGGAUUUGGCAAAUGAAAUCAAAGAGGAUGCUCAGGCUCCCAAACGUGUCUCAUGGGCCAAGAGUGGCACUGGAUCUGACAUCAUCUCUAAAAACGGCACCCUGUCCUCCAUUCACACCGGCUAUUACCCACGAGACACUCAGAACCACCACCAUUACCCUCACUCCGACACCGCAUCCAUCCUCACAGCCACGAGGGGCAGCACAGCCGGCUACCGCUCGCAGCCUCCAGCAAACGCCACACUGGAGCGCACAUUGCCAGGCUACAACACCAACCCCACCCUGCCUCAUGGACUUCUGGGACCCCCCAGCCCCAAUGGAGGCUCCCAGCACUCCUUAGUGCCACAGCCAGCUUCCGCCCAGCCUCAGAUUCCACGUCCGCCCGUGCUGCCCACCACCCUAACUGCUGCCAACAUCUCCCGCAUGGGAGGGGUACACAUUAUGGUACCAGCGCAAAACCAAGCUGGCUCUCUGGUGUAGAACCAAACAUUUCUGCUCAACCUCUGAUGGGAAAGAGAGAAGAAGACAUCAUGUCUGCGGUCCCACAAACUGAAGCACAUUAGAAAGGAUGGAUUGGAACCGAUAAGCUUAUUGCCUCUGUAUGGAAACAGUAUGAUGUAAUUUUCUUUUUUUGAAUUUAUAUAUAUAUAUAUAUAUAUAUAUAUAUAUGUAUCAAAAAAAUGUUGGCAAAUAUAUGUAAAUAUGCUCAUUUUAUUUUAUUUUUUAUAGUUUUUACUGUUCAAAGUAUUACAGAAAAGCCUCUACUCUCUAUAAAGUGGAACUUGUUAAACAGUAAAAAAAGCCUCUACUCUCUAUAAAGUGGAACUUGUUAAACAGUAAACAAAAAGACACUGAUCUGGAACUAAUCACUUUUUUCACUUAUUUUUAUUUGUUCUUUUUUGUUGUUACGGCUUUACUGAUUGUUCUUUUGCAAUCUAAAGAUGCCAACUUGCCUUGAUAAAAACAAAUGAAAGGUCUAUUCCACAGUAUUUAAAGACACUCCUCGUGAAUAAUUGUUUACAUAUGUUUAAUGCAUAUGCGAUCAGUCCAGCUUAUUUUGCAAUGCGGAAGUAAGCUAUUUUGUUUGAAUGGCUGCACCCACUCUUACCUUAAAAUGAAGGUGGAUGGCAUAUAUUUCCUAGCAGCAACUGUUAAAGGGAAUUUCAAGGACGUCACUUAAAAUGUGGCAUUAAGUUGCUAUAUUUGCCUUUAAAUGUUUUUUGGCCAAAUAUUAAAAAAUCUGUGUUGUUAUCUCUUAGAGAUGUAUUGUAGCUUUUUUCAAUUUAGAAGUGAAUUUGGCGUUAUCUUAAUUUAUAUAGUGUUUUUCUACCCCAUGAUGAUAUUUUAAAUCUAAUGUAUUGUAUUGAACAUGUAAACUAUAAUAAUAAACAUUCCUUUCAGUUACUGUAAAUAAGGUAUUUAUUUCUCAUUCAAGGUCGGUGGUCAUAAUAUCACAGCAAAUAAGUUCAAGAUAUUUCUGGAACACCGGAUACAAAACCAAAGAGUUCAUGUUCGAUGGUUGUUGAUGUGAGAGAAACUAGUUUUUCUUGUCAUUCUUACCAGCAUUGUUCUAGAGUACUGCUAAUGCUACUACAGUUAAAGCUGACAAAUUCAUAACAAAAUUAAUGGUAUCUUAAGAAAUAUGACAGGCAGACAGGCUGCAAAUGUAGGUCAUAAUAAGGGUAAAAGAUCAAGUUUCCAUGGAAAUAAAUGCACCAGGGAAACAUGAACUCAAAAUGGACCCUAUUUAUUUUCUUAAUGCACGUCACUGAACAUCCUGGUUUUACUCAGAAAUUUGUCAUGUUUUAGAAGUAAAAUGGGUUGCAAAUGGCAGUUCAUGGUCACUUUAAGUAUACCAGACCAUAAAAUAAAUCACAAUCUGUAAGUAUUCCAAAUCAUGAUGUAUUUUUUUUACCACCUUUUUCAUAAAUGCUUUAUGAACAACUGCUGUAUUUUUUUUUAAGUAUGUUGUACUGUUUUUCAAACACAAACUAUACUUUAUUUCAUUGGAAAAUGUUUUAUUGCCUAUACACAUGUCAGUCUUUUUCUCAUCUACAGACAAAACUGUUCUCUAUAGGACAUUUAUUGUAUAGACAUGAAAACACUUUGUAUUCAUAUUUUUUUAUUAAAAGAAACUGGCUGUAAAAAUGUAAUCUGUUCAUUUACAAGGAAAUAUAGUAGUAAUGUUCUGCAGAGUCUGAAAUUUAGCAUUUCAUAUAUUUUUGUUGUCAUUUCAUAUAUUUUGUAUGAUGUUUAACAUAUCAUGUAUUUUGUUUGUUUUUGCUUUAUUGACUUACAAUGACCUAUUUUUAUGUUAAUGCUUAAGUAAAUCAAUGCACAAUAAAAUCAGUGGUGCGUGCGCA